UCUCUCCAACACGUUUUUUUUUCUGAUCUUUCGCUUCAAGGUAAAUUUCCUUCUCGGUCUUUGCAGAGCGGCCGUCUAAUCUGCACUUACAUCCGUCACGACCUCGGACUCGUACCUGCCAGCGGGCCUUCGCUGGCCCACAUACACCAUGUCUCUUCAUCCAUUACUGAUCAAAUGCUGCCGAAAGGGCACUACAAGGACAGAGAUCAGUCUUGGCACAUAGGCCUAGACUGUUCAAAUCAGCAUCUUUUUCUGAUGCAUCUGAGUUGUAACUUGUGGAAGCUGAUGUUAUCUUUUUCGUAGGCUGUCGAUCAUCAUGGUCCAGCCUUGAUGAUCAUGUUAGAUAUGUUGGAGACGAAGACACAAGUUUUAGGUGCUUACGGACCAUCAUUGGCAACAAAAACAUCCCCGCAAACCCGACGUGUUUGGAUUAUGGGAACAUUCACAUUUCCUCCUUGGUUUUCUUCGACGUGCUGGUACAACUACACUUCAUUUCCUCGCUCCUUUUUUUACUGUCCUCCUUUUGACAAGUUGGUCAUGUUAUGCCCUAGCGCGCCAGCUCUGAUCCACUCUUUAACCUUAACCUUCAUGGUCAAUCGGCAGUUUUACUUCACCCUGCUGAUAUCAUAUCUCGCUGUACUUCCUUUCUCCCAUGGCCUUCAAGUUGAUAUUGAGCCCACUGUCACAGCUGGAGCUUCUUCUUUAGUAACGUGGACUCGAGAUUCAACAUCUGAUCCUAGCGCAUUCGGACUGGUCUCGUCGAGCUUGAAUUCCGACACCGGGAAGCUUGGAGAUCUGGUUGCUGUAUUGGCUGGAGAGGCGAAGAGGGGGACAGCGCAAGUGGUGUUUCCGAGUGCGGGACAGUUCCUGUUGCUAGCAGUGCAGGAAACAAAAACAGUGGGAAGCCAGCCAACUUUGGCACGAUUGAUACCCAACGGAAAGCAGGUAUCGUCAGUGGGUAACGUGGCACCAAUCAAUAAAAAUCCUCCUCAGAUUACGACGCGGACCAGUACUUCCAAGACGACUGUAUCCUCGUCCAAAGCGACUGUAUCCCCGUCCAGGACGACUCGGAGCGUUAUUCAAACGACAAAAAUCGUGAUAUUACCGGUAUCAACUGAGCCUAGCAGCUCUGAAAUCAGUCAGACCUCUAAACCGGACUCGACUUCGACACGCGAUAGGGGUACCGGUACUACUACCACCAUUACGCCGCAAGAUACGAGGAUGUCCUUACCCAGUGUGACUCCUUCCCCAACAAUAUCUGAUACCAACAAAACCGCCUCCCCAACGCCACAACCAACUGAUUCAGAUGUUUCUCGAACACGGUCGAACACCUUCUCAUCAUCAUCGCCUGAGUCUACCAUAGUCAGCUCUCCUCCGAUGAUACCUCUUCCCUCCCCGACGGGACCUCAAGAAUCCAAACGCAGUUGCAAGGAGGACUCCACAUGCUUUCGUGGACAUGGCGCAACUAUCGUAGGCACCAUAACUGGAGUGUUUCUUGUGGCGGUAGUCCUUCUCGAGUACUUGCGUUACCAACGGUUCAAGGCGCGGAGACGACUGAAAAAGUUUGGGGAGAGAUUUUUUGGGGAGAAAUUGUCUCCUGUCAGAGAUCCCGUAUCUGCUUAGGGAUAUCAGGGUCAGGUACAUGCGUAUUUGCUUAGGGCGGCUGAUGUGGUCACUGUAGGUACUCCAUGGUCCACUCGUACUUAGACCGUCCGAUUGGGGAGCAGAGCAGCCCCAAGCCUUCCCACACUCCGCACUCAUCCUUAUUCAUUUAUAUGUCCGUCUGUAUGGGCGGAGAGGUCGUGCGUUCUCCUGGUUUCCUUUCUCUGUAACUCCUCCAUUCCUUUAUCUUCGUAUAAGUUCUUGCCGUAUUUAACUGCGGAG